UUUUCAUCUAGAAUGUCUUUUUAGUGUUUUGUUUUUUUCACAUCUUGUUCUCACAUCUUUCUAUCCUGUUUUCAUUGGGUCGAUGUCUUCUUGGAAUCUACUGAGAAUAUCAACUUGUUCCCUGAAAUUUUCUAGUGCCUCCCUUAGAUCUUUUUUGAAAUCUGCUCUUAGAUGUCCAGUUUCUCCUUUCCUUUCCUUUGUGAAUUUGUCUUUCAUAUACUCAUUGUUAGGAUUUCCAAGUUUAAUGUUUUGUCAUCCAGCAGUGACUUGACCUUAGGCCCUCUAUCCAAAAGCCUGGGAAGCAGCACAGUCAGUUGCGUGGGCCACACAUCGAACACUAUAAAAACCUACGGACUUCUAUUGGGUUCUUUUCUGCCAGGGACACACCGACAGACCAGCGUUGGACUCCAUUCGCAGCUGACGUAGGCAUACACCAUGCCCUGCUGUAGGGCAGAACACGGUAACACCACUUCCCGCUUUCCUUUAGCAUUUAAAGAAGAUGUGGGUCGCGACCCAUUUGAAAGUCCUGAAGGCAAUAUAAUGGGCCACGACAAGAAGUUUUAAAAUGACGAAGAAAUAGAGCACUAAAUAGAAUGCAGAACAAGUAGUAAGGGCAAAUAAUGAAUUGUGCAGUGUUUCCCUGCGUUUUAAAAUUAUACACGUGUGUAAAUCUGUAUCUCCUACACUACGUUCGGUCACACAAACUUGAGGGUCCCCAGGGUCCCGUUACUCCCAUCAGAGACGCUCAGAAGCCAGAGACUGGCGCGGAGAACUCCCGGCCCCGCCCAACGGGAGCUCUGGGAAAUGGAGUUCGGCGUCGUGGAGCAUUCUGGGAACCGUAGUUCCGCGCGUCCGCCGGGCACGACGAGCGGGGGGAGGGGCUCUCUUCGCGCGACCGGAAGUGGCCGUUGAAGCCGGCAGAGGUUGGCGCUGGGGAAGUGCACCCUCUUCGGCUCCCUUCGCUAGGUCUGGUGCCGGUCCCGGCGCUUCCGGACGCGCGAGCUGAGAGUGUGGAGCGCCCUAGAGGGAGGGAAGCCCAGGUAUCACCAUGGCAACCGCCAGCCUUGCGGCUGCGUGACGUCAUCCUCCUCGCCCCGCUGGAAGCGGCCUCUGCGAGAGCGAGCUGGGGAGUCCUCGGAGGGGGCGCCCCUCGCCUCCCUCCGUGCGGGGCGGUUCCGCCCUGAUCCCUUGGAGGGCUUUGUUCUUUUGUUCCGGUCUGGGAGGAAGGACUGGGAGCGGGCCCCGCCCCGCCGCUCCACCUUCCAGCGUUUCCACCCCGCAACAGGUGUGUCUUCCGUUCGCGAGCCGGGGUGUGAGCCCGCAAGUGUGCACGGAGGGCUGCCCCGCUCCGCCCGUGUAAGGGCUCAGCCGGCGCAGACUCCUGGCCGGACAGCUGAGCCCCCCCCAGACCGAGGCCCCCGCUGGAAGGACGCUGCUUGAGAAACCCUGGUGUCCAGGCUCCGGAGGAACGGAAUGAGCUCCUGAGAUGGAAGGUUCAGAGUAAGGACAGAGCCCUGUGACCUGUCAUUAUAGACUUUCCUCUGCAUUGUCACUGUCUUUACAUUGUUCAGAUAUGGCCAUCAAGUCAGAUCCAACCUCUUCGGGGUCCACCCUUCUCCCAGGGGGACAUACUCUCCUCCCACCAGCCAGUUUUCACGAAUCCGUGACCUUCAAGGAUGUGAUAGUGGAUUUUACCCAGGAGGAAUGGAAACAGCUGGACCCUGUACAGAGAGACUUGUUCAGGGAUGUGACGCUGGAGAAUUAUACACACCUUGUCUCUAUAGGACUCCAAGUCUCCAAACCUGACGUGAUUUCCCAGUUAGAACAAGGGACGGAGCCAUGGGUGGUGGAGUCCGGUGUUCCGGGAGCUACUGGCGGGGACCGUGACAUCAGACCAGAAGAUAGCCGAGCAGUCCCAGAGCCAGCCAUUUCUGAAGAGCAGCCGUGUCACGGGGCAGCGGUGGAAAACCACAAAAGGGAAGACCCUCGCGGUUCUGACUUUUCAGAAAGUUGGGGGUACGAAGGCAGUCUGGAGAAGCAUCAGGCACACCAGCAGGCGCUGCCAAGAGAAAUAAAAAUAACCGAAAAGACAAUACCCACUUGGGAGAGAGGCCCUGUAAAUAAGGACUUUGAAAAAAGCAUCAGUGUGAGCUCAAACCUUGUGACACAAGAAACAUCUGCAGAAGAGACCGCUACUAAGACGAGCGUCAAACAGAAUACAAACCCGGUCAGAAAAGAGAAAUCUUGUAAGUGCAACGAAUGUGGGAAAGCGUUCAGCUACUGUUCUGCUCUCAUUCGCCAUCAGAGGACGCACACCGGGGAGAAGCCUUACAAAUGUAAUGAAUGUGAAAAAGCCUUCAGCCGGAGUGAAAACCUUAUCAACCAUCAAAGAAUUCACACUGGAGAUAAACCCUACAAAUGUGAUCAGUGUGGGAAGGGUUUCAUUGAGGGUCCGUCUCUUACUCAACAUCAAAGAAUCCACACUGGAGAAAAACCCUAUAAAUGUGACGAAUGUGGGAAAGCCUUCAGUCAGAGGACCCAUCUUGUGCAGCACCAGAGGAUUCAUACUGGGGAGAAACCGUACACCUGCAAUGAGUGUGGAAAAGCCUUCAGCCAGAGAGGCCACUUUAUGGAACAUCAGAAAAUUCACACGGGGGAAAAACCUUUCAAAUGUGAUGAAUGUGACAAAACCUUCACCAGGAGCACGCACCUUACUCAGCAUCAAAAAAUUCACACUGGAGAGAAGACCUAUAAAUGCAACGAAUGCGGGAAGGCCUUCAAUGGGCCCUCGACAUUUAUUCGUCACCAUAUGAUCCAUACUGGUGAAAAACCCUACGAAUGCAACGAAUGUGGGAAAGCCUUCAGUCAGCACUCCAACCUCACCCAACAUCAGAAAACACACACCGGGGAGAAGCCGUACGACUGCGCCGAAUGCGGAAAGUCCUUCAGUUACUGGUCCUCCCUCGCUCAACAUCUGAAAAUUCACACCGGAGAGAAACCUUACAAGUGCAACGAAUGCGGGAAGGCCUUCAGUUACUGCUCGUCCCUGACGCAGCAUCGGAGAAUUCACACCAGGGAAAAGCCCUUUGAAUGCAAUGAGUGCGGAAAGGCUUUCAGUUAUCUCUCCAACCUGAAUCAACAUCAGAAGACUCACACCCAGGAGAAAGCUUAUGAAUGUAAGGAGUGUGGGAAAGCCUUUAUUCGGAGUUCAUCUCUUGCUAAACACGAAAGAAUUCACACCGGUGAGAAGCCCUAUCAGUGUCACGAAUGUGGGAAAACCUUCAGUUACGGCUCCUCCCUGAUUCAGCACAGGAAGAUACACACCGGAGAAAGACCUUACAAGUGUAACGAGUGCGGGAGAGCCUUCAACCAGAACAUACACCUCACGCAACACAAGCGGAUUCACACGGGAGCAAAGCCUUAUGAGUGCGCGGAGUGUGGCAAAGCCUUCCGGCACUGUUCCUCUCUUGCUCAACAUCAAAAGACUCACACGGAAGAAAAACCCUACCAGUGUAAUAAAUGCGAAAAGGCUUUCAGCCAGAGCUCUCACCUGACUCAGCACCAGCGAAUUCACACGGGAGAGAAGCCCUACAAGUGCAACGAGUGUGACAAAGCCUUCAGCCGCAGCACGCACCUGACCGAACACCAGAACACGCACACGGGGGAGAAACCUUAUAACUGUAACGAGUGCAGGAAGACUUUCAGCCAGAGCACGUACCUCAUCCAGCACCAGAGGAUUCAUUCGGGAGAGAAGCCUUUUGGAUGUAGCGACUGCGGGAAAGCCUUCCGAUACCGCUCUGCUCUCAACAAGCACCAGAGACUGCACCCGGGCAUAUGACCCUUGCGGGAACAUCACAGACGUGGCGGACACAUUUGCUCCGGUCUGUCCUUUGGUUAAGUGCUGAAGAUUCAGAGUGAAGUGAGAAACUGCCUAAAAGAUGUUAAAUUUUCACGGUCGCACUAUGGAAGGGAAAGUACAUUGGGCUGAAGUAAUCCAGUGGUUUUCAAGCAACUUUGUGACACUGGAAAAUUCGACUGUUUUAAGCUUCACUUUGCUCCGUGAAUGAGGGGAUUUGGAGUGGAUGCUUUCAAAGGUUGUUUGGAAUUUUAUAUUCCACUUUUGUGUGUUCACAGUGUACUCUUGAACGGGGUCACUGCACAUCAGCAUUUUGCUGUGUCGCAUCUAGAGUGUGUAUAUUUAUGCAUGUUUUGCCAAUAGAAAGCGUCUGUGCUUCAGUAACUAGGCUGGGGAUCUAUUAUGCUUCUGUUUUAAUGCAUUUAAGUUGAUUAACUGGUUCCUAAUAAAAAGAACUGUAAAGCA